GCCUGGACCUAGUAUUAUUUUUUUAAGGAGAUUUGAAAUGGCAAAAGAAACUACACAUCGACAAAUCACAUUUCUAAACCAGGAGCUAAAUGUUCUUCUAAAUGAAGCUGAGCAAUUGAAAAAUGGCAUUGACAUUUACUCAACAAGGGUAAUAAUAUGCAAUAUAAUUUUACUAUAUCAUUCAUAUAUACAUGUGUGUUUGUGCUGUAUUUAAUUUAGAAAAAUAUUAGCAUUUCUUGUAAUUUGAAUGCAGAUUGUUAAUGAAACUAAUUACACUGAUACCAAUGUUCACUAGUAUACCUCUUGAAAUGUAGAUAUUCACAUGUUGUGCAUUUACUCUACGGUAACUGAAAAGUUAUCAUACUUUUAUAAUUAUGACCUAAUCAAUAGGACCAUAAACAAUGGCAUUCUAUUGCCUGCCCUAAUUUAUAAUUAUGGUUCCAUUAACUAGCCUACUUUGUUUGUUGUGAUCAUUGAUAUUAAUAAUAUUUGGAUAAAUUGACUUUUACCAUUACAAAAACAGUGUUUCUCAAUAUUUAUGUCUAUGCUACUAUUUAUUAAUCAAUAUACUGUAAAUUUAUUUAUUCUCAAAUUUGGAAACACAAGUAGGCUUGGCAGCUAGAUCACUUUCUAAAAUGAAAUGAAGCAGAUAAAAAUUCAGACCAUUGGUCAGUGUCCAUUUCUGCCUGCAUUGAAAAAAAAUUAGUAAAGGAAUUACGCAGUUAACUUUUCUUUGGUGUGAGUUUGUUUAAUAUUUUUAGAACCAUUGAUGAAUAUCCAUUUCAGUGUGUAUUGAUCAUAUCUAUGAAAUUAAAAAUAUUUCAGCUAGAUUAGAGCAUGUAUUUUUAAAAAAAACAACCACUAAACACAAUGAAAAAUACCUAUAUAUUUCUAUUAAUAGGUAAUUAAUAAAGCAAAAGUUUGGAUUGAUGGCCAAGGAAGAGAUCAGGUGAAAUUCGUUGAUUUGUUACAGAAAGUUCAAGAUGCCACUGUGCUCAUUGCAGAAAAAUGUAAAGAAAUUAAUGGCAAGUAAAUACUAAAAUGAAAUCUUAUGUCGUUAUGUAUUCCCAUCAUAAUCAAUCUUCAUCAAACCUCUUUUUUUUUUAUUAUUAUCAGCUAAUUAUAUUAAGUCCCAGUAAAACCCCAUUCAUUCUCACCAUACUACAAAAGCAAUAUUUUAUUUGUAAUAUUGUUUAUUUUAGAUUUCAAUGAGUUACAAGAUGUAACUACAACUGCACCAGCAACAUCAAGCACACAGAUUCCAAAUAUUUCAGAAUCAUCAUCAAGUAAUGCAUACAUGGUUGGUGGUGGCAAUCCAUAAACAAUGUCACAUGUCAGAGAGGGGGCAGGGAGGCACAAAUUUUUGACAUUGUGUGAUAAAAGAACAAAGUGUCUAAUUUUUGUUACAACUUUGGGAUUUUUUUUUUUUUUGGAGCGUGUGUUUGAAGUAACAUGACAUCUUUUAUGAAUGGCCCCUAGUUAGAAUAUUGAACAUUAUUAACUUGUAAUCACCAAACACAGGAGAUUGCUAGAAAAAGGUUUAUAAUAUUUUUUUGUUUAAAAUUUUUACCAUUUUUCACAUCUUGCACAAUAUUGACUAAAAGUUAAAUGUUAUUAAAUUUAUGAAAAGGGUUCAUUACUUAUUCACAAGAGAUAAUAAUAUAUUAUCAAUAAAGCAUAAAUUUUAGUUAGUGGUAUUUCACUUAGCCGUAAAUAUAUGUUUAUUCACUUUAAUAAUAAUGAUUGUUUAUAGUGCUGUUGGUUUUAAAUUUUUCAGCAAUUUUAACACCUAAUUAAUGUUAACAGUAUAAGAAAAUCGAUUUAGAAUUAUUUCUGUAUUUAGAAUCAGAAUUUUUUUUUAUGGAAUUAAUUUAUAUUUUUUAAUGAUCCUCACUAUAUUGUAUCGUUUUGUAAUAAAAUACUUGCUUUCAGAUGAUAACAAAGAAUUCCAGAAAUAUUUGGACAAGCUCGAUAUACUUGAAGCAGACUUUUGCGCUCUAAAAUGUGCAAUAAAGAAAGUAGAGAGCAAACAGGAACAGUUUGCUAAAUGGAUCGAAACAGCUGCUGAGAAAUCUACAGAUCAUGACAAAGAGAUCGACAUCUUGUCCGAAGAUAUGUCCAAGUUUAUCAGAACUCAUGAAAAACAAAUCAAGUCACAAGAAAAGCAGAUUAAAAAUCUAAGUGAAACCAUAACAGAUGUCAGGUCUCAGAGCUGCUCUAAAUUUGAUGAGGUCAUGGGGGAGAUGUCAGCAGCAAGUGAUUUCAUGGCCACAAUGAAGGAAACUUUAGAGUCUCUCUCAUCCAAAGUUGAAGAAAAUGUGGCAAAACUGGAAAGUGUUGAGAGCAAUCAACAUGAGCUGACAAGCUCAUUAAUGGACCAAGAAAAACAAUUGACAACUUUAGGAACUGAAUUAAAAGAUAUUCAUGAGAAGGUAAAGUUAGGGAAACUUAAGAUGUCUUUGAAAUCCAUAUCAUUUUAGUUUUAAAGGUUGAUGUAAUUUUUUUUAAAAGUAAAUUUUCGUUAAGCAAAUCAUUUUCUUUAAAAAUCAGAUUUCAUUGGCAUUUUAAACUUUGAAUUUAGAUUUAGAGAUUCAGGCAAUAAUCUACCUUUUUCAAUAAUAGGAUUAAUUUCCUGUCAUAAUGUUCAGCACAGAAUAAAUAAAGUGCUCCUUCUAUCUUAUUUUCAAGUGCAUCCAGAAUAUUUUUAUGAUAUUUUAAAAAGUAAGUGUGGGAUUUCAUAUUUCAAUAUAGAUUGUAUUUGUUCUCAAUAUAUCAUUACAGUAUGGAGUGCUCUGUCAAACACUAACUAAAAGGUUGAUGCCAUUAGUUGCUAUUCAAGAAGCUCUUUACAAUAAAAAGACAUCCAUAGAAGAAAACAAAAGCAAGGUAAUUGUUUUCUUCUGGUUCAUUGGCCCUAAAAUUAUAUUGUUGUUUUUUAGCUUAUGAUUUAUAAUGAAAAUAAAAUCCUAAUUAAAUCAGCAGUUCAGAGCUCUUACUCUUAUGGGGUUUUUUUAAACCAUUGGAAUUGGUUAAUGACAAAUAAUGAAGUUAAAUUUGUUUGAUAAAAAUAUGUUUUAUUUUUAAGAUCACUACAAUUUGAAUAUAUUUAGGGGCACAUUGUCAUAAGUAUCAUUAGUUUUACUAAAUUUUCCAAAAUAAUUACAGCUUUCAAGUCUUGAGAUGAAAAUUACAGAUCUUUCAAAACAAUUAAGCCAAACAGGCAAGUGACCUACUUAUUGCUCUCAAUAAUACUCAAUCACCAUUUUAAUUUUUAAAUACGCAGAAGUUUUUAAAUAAGAUUCAUUGAAUUUUUUAUUGAGAAUUAAAUCAAAAGUCUAACAUACACAUUUAAUUUUUAGUUAGGCUUUCUUCAGGAUAAUAAUAAUAAUAAUAAAGUUUAUUUGAAAAACACGCUUCAUCCCCAAAGGCUCGAAGCGCGGUACAAAGUCAACCAUAUUAACAAUCUAUAAUUUACUACAUUUAAAACAAACGCAACACUACAAAUACUAACUAGAAGCGUACCAAGUCAAAGUCUUUCUACCCAUUUCAACCCUAAGCAACACAGCCAAUAUGCAUUAACUGGAAAAUAUGGUAGACAACAUGAUCCCAGAAGGUGCUUGCGAAAUAGAUGUGUCUUUAAAUCGGUUUUGAAGGACUCCAGUGUCUGGUUGUUUCUGAGAGCGACAGGAAGGGCGUUCCAAAUUGUUGGGCCAGCAAAUGCGAAAGUGUGCUAUGCGAAAGUGUGCUUUCUGCAAGUCUCAAGGCCAACACGUGGUGUCGAGGGUUUGCCACUAUCGGAUGAUCGGAGUCGUCUAGUGGGUACAUAAGGCGUCAGCAGCCUUUUGAGAUAGGACGGCGCCAGGUCAUGUAAGCAGCGGUAGCACAAAGUUGCAAUUUUGUACUCCACGCGAGCGUUGACCGGCAGCCAGUGCAGCUCUCUCAAAAGUGUUUUAGCAUGGUCGAACUUGCCAGGAUGAGAAUAUAUUGUAAUUAAAAAUUUUAGUUUACAGCACUGAAAUAAAAAAUGUUUUAGAAAAUAUUAAUUAUUUCCAUUAUUUUUCCAUACUUUUUCCGUACAAACUUUUAAUCUAAAAUAGAAAUAAUUCUUUUUUGACCCCAGUAUAUUCACUAAACAACCCAGAAUCUUUUUAAGAAUAUUGAUAUUACACAUGAAUUAAAUAGGCCCAAUGCUUUAAAAAAUUAAUCCACAAUUGGUGUAAAAAAAAACCAUUAAAAUAAAAAAAUUACAUUUUCAUAAAUUCAAACAUUAUUUUUACAGAAACUCAACAAAGUUUAGCCUUCUCUGCGACAACAUGGGAAAAACAGCUGAUCGAUUCUGAUGGCCAGGCCUUCAAAAUAAAAAAUUUUAGCAACAUUUCUGGCAAUGCUGGCGACAGUUUUGAUCCUCUGGCUGGGGAAUUCACUGCUCCUUCCAAUGGGUUGUAUUUUAUUUCUUUAACAAUAAAAAAUAUGAAUGAAUUUUCCAUAUUGGGUCAAAUGCUAAUUAAUGACCCAGAGACAAAAGAAGAAAGAGGUGGCUUUUGUUGCAUUGAGAGGCUGCUACCACAGAUGUGCCAGUGUACUGCCACCGUCAUAGAAUUGCAAGAGGGUGAAAAAUUGUUCAUCAGGCUUCUUAAAUUGAAUGAAAAAACCAAUAAGCUUGACUUACGUAUGAAAUUGGUUUGUUUAUUUAUAAAGUGAUCAAAACAUUUAAACUCAAUUAUCCCUUAAUUAGCCAUUUUCUAAUUGAUUGCUCUUGGGGCAUGUGCCAUUCUGAUCUAUACAUUCUACCGCAUUAUCGAUAUGCAUGACACGAUUAAUAACUAUGAUUUCUUUUCUUUUAAACAUUCCAGAUUUAUUCAUUCACUAUAAAUAAAUUAUAAGUCAUACAAUAAUUUUGUUUUUAAACGUAAGACA